UCUCGGGGUACCUCUACGUCAAUGGCCAGCCUAUGUCGCAAGGCGGUUAUAAGAUUGCUUAUGUGAGGCAAGAAGACAUUUUCUUUUCACAGCUGACGGUGCGGGAAACGCUCUCGCUUGCUGCUGAGCUCCAGCUUCCUGACACGAUGUCGCCCGAGAGGAAGGAGAAGUAUGUUAAUGAUCUCUUGUUCCGCCUUGGAUUGGUCAACUCUGCUGAUUCUAUCGUGGGUGAUGCAAAAGUACGUGGAAUUAGUGGUCGUGAAAAGAAGCGCCUCGCGCUUGCAUGUGAACUGAUUGCAAGUCCUUCAGUUAUCUUUGCGGAUGAACCAACAACAGGCCUUGAUGCAUUCCAGGCAGAGAAAGUGAUGGAGACUCUUAGACAGCUUGCGAGAAGAUGGGCUCUGCCUCCUAUAUAA